AUGGCUCACUAUAACCGGCCUUACCAGCCCGAGACCUUAAACGUUCCGGAGCACCUAAUACCUCAAGGGAUGCUAGACCCGCGUAUGGGGCUGGCGAAUGCCGACAACCAGCCGCAGCUGCUGAAUUACAUGAUGUCUGGACGGCCAAACCUGCUGGACAAUGUUUCGCAUCUGCGCCACCCAAACACUCAGCAUCAAUUUGUUCAGAGCGGGCCAAAUGGAACCGAAGCUCCUCAUGUUCACCGCCAACAUUAUGGUACCCAAAUGAAUGGACCCAGUCGUCCCAGAGUUCAAGGUCCUGGCCAAGGAUCGAAUCAAGGUCCUGGCCAUGGCUCUGGUCAUAAUGGUCCGACCAUGAAAUUGGGAUUAAAUCAGGCAAACGAUGUGCAAAAGGAUGCUCUCCAGUACCAAACGUACCCAGACUACCAACAGCACCAACAGCACCAACAUCACCAACAUCACCAACAUCACCAGCAACAGUAUUCCAAUCCUCAGUCCCGUCUGAACCAUCACAAUCACCAGAAUACUCAGAGGCCGCAGAUGCAGUCAACUCAGACUUCCCCCGCCUACGGCCAAGGUUUUCCAAAUGGAUAUGUUGCCGGUGGUCCUGAAAGCCCUAGUGCAUACGCUCCACAGAUGAGAUAUCCGAGUUCUGAGUACCUUCCAGACGGCCAUCAAAGAUCAAAUCAGCGGACACAGGGCCCACCGCCACAAGGUGCCAAUCGACCUCAUCCUCAUACAUUGAACCAAUCAUCCAGACUGACUCAUCCAUAUGCUCUGUCUCCUGUUGGUUCAGGCUUUGAUGCCCCUGUGAAUCCGGGUCAUGGCCAUGGAAAUCAAGGUAAUGGAAACCAGAUUCCAAUUGAACAAUCUCCAUAUCAACAGGCUCCUAAUCAACAAGUCCCAAUACAACUAGCUCCAAUUCAGCAGGGUCCGCUGCAAUUCAAUAACUCCGCACACGCUAAUAAUGGCAGAAGGCGGCCUCCGCCGUCGUCAGGUUUCUCUCAGGUCCCUGAAGGCAGAAGAGUGCUCACCACAUCGUCAACUGAGCCUCAAUUGGCCAUGAAUUCUCAGGGCCGGAAGGAACAGGAUCCAGCGGAUACCCGGACUAAAUCCUUGUCCAGCACGUCCAUGAAAUAUAACAGUUCCUCUGGCUCGAAUCACAUGGGUGCUAAUCAGGGGCAGAGAUCAGUUUCCGCUAGUAAUGCCUCUUUCUCAUUAUCGUCAAAAUCACGUUCAUUUAGUUCGUUGGGUAAGUUGUCUUCGUUGUCCAUGAAGAAAUUCUCCAGUUCGUCUUCUUUACAGAAAGCGGACCGCGUGGUGUCGACCUCAACGUUGGCUUCCCAGAAGACUUUGACAUCGCAAUCAAGAAAGCCCGUGGUUUAUCCUGCAAUUCUUUCAAGGGUCGCAAGAACAUUCAAAGAACAUAUGGUUUUGACCAUCAACAUGAAAGACGGCUUGGAAUACCAUGAUACAUUUACAGGAAAGAAUGCUGUCGAUGUCCUUUGUAAUAUUAUCCGCACAAAUGACAGAAAUUUGGCUUUGUUGUUGGGUCGUUCGCUUGAUGCUCAGAAGUUUUUCCAUGAUGUCACCUAUAAUCACAGAUUGAGGGAUUCGAAGAAUGAAGUCUACACUUUCAGUCGUGUGUAUAGUGAGGUAGAUUACUACCAUGAGGAUGGAACUAACAGCAACAAUAAUUCCAACAGAGGUUCUUAUGUGGGUAAUCAAGUUCAAAGUGCCACGCAACCUAUUGGUUCCACACCUCCUUACCCAACUUCUAAUCUUCCUCCAAGUGUUCCUGGGAGUCCCAUUGAAGGUUUUACAGGAAGUUUUACAAGUCUCAAUAAGGCAGGUGAAGAAGAGGCCCCUGCUAUCGGUUUGAACGGUGUCUUUACUAUUUUGACAGAUUGUUACUCUCCAACAUGUACUAGAAACCGCUUGUGUUAUUCUAUUGCAUGUCCACGUCGUUUGGAACAACAAGCGAGACUCAAUUUAAAGCCUAGAGGUGGAUUGAAGAGAGCUGUAUCUAAGCUUUCAUUGCAUGAUAAUGAGCCUGCUCAAGCAAAAACAUUGUGGUACGAAACUGUUGAUCAAUCUGUUCUUGAUAAGCUUGAUAAACAGGAGAAAAUGAGACAAGAGUUGAUUUACGAGCUUAUUUAUACUGAGAGGGACUACUUGAAAGAUUUGGAGUUUAUGACAGACUUUUACAUCAUGCCUUUGAGGAACCCAGCUAAUAAUAUUAUUCCCGACAGAGAAAGAGAUGCGUUCAUUAGAACAGUUUUUGGAGGCGUCAACAGUUUGCUCAGACUUUCCAGAAGUUUGAGCGAAGCUUUGACUUUACGUCAGCAAUCUCAAAAGCCCGUGAUUGAGACUAUAGGAGAUGUGUUUCUUCAAUAUGUGGGAAAUUUUGAUCCAUUUAUGGAAUACUCUGGUAACAAGGUAUUCGCAAGUUACGAGCACGAGAGACAGCAACAGGUUAAUUUCAAAUAUGCUCGUUUCUUGGAGUCUAUUGAAAAGAGGCCAGAGUCAAGAAAGCAGGACUUGUCUUCAUUCUUAAUCAAAGGAGUUCAAAGACCAGCAAGAUAUCAAUUGUUAUUGGGAGGAAUCUUGAAGAACACUAAAGAGAGCUCUCCAGACUAUAAGAAUCUUGUCCAAGCUAAGGAGGAGAUUCAAAAAGUUUUGGCGAAAAUCAAUAUUCAGACUGGAGAGAGUACUGACCGUUAUAAGGUCAUGGUUUUGCAUAAGCUCUUGGGAAGACAGACUUUGGAAGAGCGGUACAACUUCAAGUUAACAUACAACAACAGAAUCAUCUACCAAGUCACGUUGAGCAGAAAGAGGGAUAACGAGAAGAUCGAUUUAUAUCUAUUCGAACACGCAUUAUUGUUGGUAAAGCACAAGGUUCAAAACAAGCGAGAGGUUUACAAGGUGUUUGAGAGACCAGUUUACUUGCCAUUGUUGUUCAUGAACAGCGGGUAUGAGACCCCAACUUUCAAGACCAUUCUCAAUUCCAGAGAAGAGUGCUCGAUUGUUUCCGAUCUGAGCACCAGAAGCAGGCCUGAAGUGUCUGCUUAUAAUCCAGUGUCUUCAAACCAGCAGAAGUUCCAAAUCAACUUUUUUGGAUUGGGAUCGAAUUCGAUGCAUGUGUCUUUGUUUGCAGACGACUUAUCGAGUCACAAUCAAUUAUUGCUGCAGGUGCAGACACAACAGAAGAAGUUGAUCGAGAAGCAUGAUAUCUUCUCUUUAAGUAAGUAUGAGACCAGAAGGUUUACCGGAAACAACAGAAUCAACUGUGGUGUUCCAUGUUACGGUGGAAAGAAAUUACUUUACGGUACUGAUUCCGGAGUUUGGGUUUCGACCGUGCGUUCCAUCAGUAUGACAUCCAAUGAAAAGAUCUGUUCUGACCCUACAUUGGUGAUAAGCAAGUCAUAUGUGACGCAAAUGGAAGUCUUAGUCGAAUAUUCCAAGUUAUUGGUUUUGGCUGACAAAACAUUGUAUGAGUUUGACUUGUCUUGCACAGACUCCCUUGACCAUGUUAAAAAUACAAGAAGUGGAAAGAUCAUUUUGAACCAUGUUUCUAGCUUCAAGACUGGUGUGUGUGUCGGAAGAUUGCUAGUUUGCGCUGUCAAGUCAGGAAAUGCAAGGGCCAUCAGUAUUGUUGAGCCCACAAAUCCCUUUGACAAUAAAAACAAAAACAAAAACAAGCGGUCUGAAGUUAAAGAGAUCGUGUUCACGUCUGACCCCAUCUCGAUUUCAUUCUUGAAGACUAAGUUGUGUAUUGGAUGCACCAAGGGAUUUGAGAUUGUGUCGCUUGAGGCUGGCAGAAAAGAGCCUAUCUUGGACGAAGCUGACCCUUCUUUGGACUUUGCAACGCAACGUGAAAGCGUCACGCCAUUGGCCAUUCACCGCAUUGACAAAAACUUCUUGUUGAGUUACAGUGAGUUUUCGUUUUUGAUCAACCAGAACGGAUGGCGGACCAAACAGGAUUGGGGAAUCUUCUGGGAAGGUUCGCCCCAAAGCAUUGCAUUAUUUUAUCCAUAUCUAUUGGCGUUUGAGCCAGGCUUCAUUGAAAUUCGUGACCUUGAGAGUACCGCAUUAAUCCGUGCUCUAGUUGGAGAGAACAUUCGGUUCUUGCAUUCGAAUGAACACGAGGCACUCUAUGUUUGUGACGAAAACGGUUACGAUAUUAUUGUGUCGAUUGACUUCUUGAAUUUGAAGCCGAAGCCUGCCAAAAAAUAG